UUGUUUAAUCUUUUCCUUCAAUUCUCUCUCCAUAUCAGCAAUGAAAAGCAGAAGGCUUUUUCCGGCCGUAACUGAAACAAACGAUACCAUAGACUGCCCUGAUUUCUGUGACCCUGCAUGCCCUUACAACUGCUACCAUUACCCUGACUAUUAUUACCUACCGCCGCCGCCACUGCCGCCGCCUCCUCCCUUCUUGGUCGAAAACCAUUACAUCUCACCUUAUGUGAUCAUCUUUGUUUCGGUACUCGCCAGUCUCAUCCUUCUCGUCAGUUACUACGUAGUUAUAGUCAAGUCAUGUUUUGGUUGGUGCUGCUGGAGGAAUAACAGGCAAUCACGAACUCCAAAUGAUGCUUCAGAUGAAGAGUUCAUCGAUGAGAAUCAAGUCGAUCAUCAUAUUUGGUUCAUCACCAACGUCGGUUUGCAACAAUCGAUCAUAAAUUCGAUCACUGUUUGUAAGUACAAGAAGGAUGAGGGAUUGAUAGAAGGGACGGAGUGUUCAGUGUGUUUGAAUGAGUUCCAAGAAGAUGAGACGGUGAGGUUGUUGCCUAAAUGCAACCAUGCUUUUCACAUUUCGUGUAUCGAUACUUGGCUGAGGGCUCACACUAAUUGUCCCUUGUGCCGAGCACAUAUCGUCUCCGAUGCCUUGCGCAGCACUGCAACUCCAGUGGAUCAAAAUCCUGUUGAUGUGGAUGUAAUUGUCGAUAACCAGAUAGAAAAUUCUGACAAUAUAGGGAUUGAAAAUCCUGUUGAUGUGGAUGAAAACAGGGCUGAAAGAGAUUUGUCAGAGGAUAAUGACCAAAGGGUUUCAAAGGAAGGUAUCCAUUUCGAAGAAAAUGGCUCUUUGGAAGUCAGUGACUGCAUUGAAAGAAGUCAAGUUGAGGAUAAAGAGAUAACAGAAAUCAAAAGGUGCACUUCCGUGGAUUCUUCUUCGUCAGCUGCAAGUUUGUUUCUGGGCAUUCAGGGAGAUGUGGAAAACCCAGAUUCAAGCAUCGGUGCAACCAAAGACAAGGAAUCGGGAAAUUAUUCCAUUUUUCAGCAUCUUCAUUUAAGCCCUGUUCCGAUGAAAAGGUCAUUCUCAUGUGGCGGAAGUUUUUUCUCGUCAUCCAAACGUUACCGGAGCAUGAACUCAAUUCUUCCGCUGUAAAGCUUUUUACUGUUUUAGAUAUAGUUUUGGGCUUAAAGCGUGCGAUAUUUGUUAAAAACAGAGAGAUUGUAUGCAUGGAAGCUGAAGCCUUAUGAUGCUAACUGCUAAGCGAAUUAUAUAUGAUCUA